GUUACUUAUUGACCAGGGUCGAGAAAAAGAUUGGCUCGCCGGAGAAACCCUUAUCGGAUCUCGGCUUGAUCUCGUAUCGCAGCUAUUGGAAGGACGUUCUGCUGCAGUACCUCUGCAACUUCGGGGGCAAGGAACUCUCCGUCAAAGAUAUCAGCAAGGAGAUGGCGAUCGACUCGUACGACAUCGUCAGCACGCUGCAGGCCCUCGGCAUGAUGAAGUACUGGAAGGGGAAGCAUAUCAUUCUGAAAAAACAGGACGUGAUCGACGACUACAAGGAGAGGGUGAAGAGACGGGGGCCCGUCUACAAAGAGAUCGAUCCGGAGUGUCUGAAAUGGAACCCCUUCCAGCCACCCAAGACGCCCUCCGCCUCGAACUAAGGUCUGCGACGAACGAGAAGAGCCCAGCCAGGAGCGGCCGGAAUGACGCCGACGUCGGCCU